AUGCAACAUUCUUCGUCCUACCCAAGGCCCAAGCCCAGUAUAUAUACUGUCAGCUCAAGACGAAGUGGCAUACUGAGCCGAGGUAAGAGAUCAACAACUCCAAACAUGAAGACCACUUUAGCCUGCCUGUUGCUCGUUGGAGUAGCCCUGGCCUACCCAGCACUGGAUGUUUCCGUAGCUGCUGGCCCUGGCUCCUUUGUAUAUGAUAGCAGAUUUCUUGGAUGGUCCGGUAAUGGUUUCGCCGUUCCAGCAGUAGCACCUCAUGGAUUGGUCGCUCCAGCAGUUACCGCCCCCAGACUCGCACCUCCAUCCCACGCUGGUCCCGCAGCGGGUGGCCUUGGCUCUCCAGGAUACCAAAACAGACUCCUUGCAAGUGCCAUAGCACGCCACAAUACUCCAUGGGGCGCAAUUGGACACGGACAUACACUCAGAUAUGGACCUCACUACUACCAAUAAACGCUACAUGUAUAUAUAUUUAUAAAUCUGUUGAAAUAAAAAAUUU